UCCCCUGGCUUUACACCGUCGUCGGCUGUCAGCUGCUAUUAGCCAGCUAGCAUCGUAUGUCUGCAGCUAACAGAAGUCCAGUUACUACCCGUAGCUACACUGCAGUAACGUCAACAGCUUAAAAGUUUUCCCAUGGAAGUGGAGCCACUGCAGUUGUCCAGGCAGCUUACUGCAAGCCGAGAAAGGAGAAGGUGGCCAUCAAACGCAUCAACCUAGAAAAGUGUCAGACUAGCAUGGAUGAGCUUCUGAAAGAGAUUCAGGCCAUGAGCCAGUGCCACCAUCCAAACAUUGUGUCUUAUUAUACCUCCUUUGUGGUGAAGGAUGAGCUGUGGCUGGUGAUGAAGCUGCUCAGUGGUGGUUCAGUACUGGACAUCAUCAAGCACAUCAUCUCUCGUGGUGAGCACAAGACCGGUGUGUUGGAUGAGGCCUGCAUCGCCACCAUCCUGAGGGAAGUGUUGGAAGGGCUCGAGUACCUCCACAAAAACGGGCAGAUUCAUCGGGAUCUAAAGGCUGGAAAUAUCCUUCUUGGGGAUGAUGGCUCUGUGCAGAUAGCUGACUUUGGUGUGAGUGCCUUUCUAGCAACAGGAGGCGACAUGACGAGGAACAAGGUUCGGAAGACGUUUGUUGGGACGCCGUGCUGGAUGGCCCCAGAAGUCAUGGAGCAGGUCCGUGGCUACGACUUCAAAGCCGACAUCUGGAGUUUUGGGAUAACUGCUAUUGAACUGGCCACUGGGGCAGCACCUUAUCACAAAUACCCACCAAUGAAGGUGCUAAUGCUGACUCUGCAGAACGACCCUCCCUGUCUGGAGACGGGUAUUACAGAUAAGGAAAUGGUGAAGAAGUAUGGCAAAUCAUUCAGGAAGAUGAUCUCCCUGUGUUUGCAGAAAGAUCCUGAAAAAAGGCCAACUGCUGCAGAGCUGCUGAAGCAUAAAUUCUUCACAAAAGCCAAGAACAAUGAGUUCUUACAUGAGAAGCUCCUACAUAAGGGUCCAACAAUAACAGAGCGCUCUAAAAAGGUGCGUCGUGUGCCUGGCUCAAGCGGCCGUCUCCAUAAAACAGAGGAUGGCGGCUGGGAGUGGAGUGAUGAUGAGCUGGAUGAGGAGAGUGAGGAGGGCAAAGCUGCUGUAGCAGCUCUGCGGUCACCAAGAGUGAAGGACGGGUCCCAGAAUAUGGAGCUUUUCCCACCAGCAGAUGGCUCCAGUGGACAUCUGCAGCCACCUGGUGGGGCACAUGAGAGACCUGCAGUUGCAGGUUCAACAGGAGAAGAGGUUCAACUGCAGGCUCCCACUCAGACCGCCAGCCCUUCACACGGGCCUGCUGUUCAGGAUCCAGCUGCUUCAUCCAGUGUUCCCAUCAGCCUCGUCCUGAGAUUGAGGAAUUCCAAGAAGGAGCUCAAUGACAUUAGAUUUGAGUUCAUGCCUGGCAGAGACUCUGCUGAUGGAGUAUCUCAGGAGUUGGUCUCAGCUGGUCUGGUUGAUGGCAGGGACUUAGUCAUUGUUGCUGCCAAUUUGCAAAAGAUUGUUGAUGAUCCACACAGUAACAAAAACGUGACCUUUAAACUGGCAUCUGGGGUGGAGGAGUCUGAAAUUCCUGAUGAUAUUAAACUCAUUGGAUUUGCGCAGCUCAGCAUCAGUUAAGUCCGAGCAGAGCCAGCUACAAAGGACAGAAAUAAAUGGUAUGGCACAGCUGCAUUGUAGUCAAUUCCAAAACCACUUCUGCCAGAUGGAGGAGGAGGAGGAGGAGGAGGAGGAGGAGGAGGAAAUCACGAGGAAAGGGAGGCAAAAGCCUGGCAUGAGUGUGACACUACUGCAGCAUGCAUGAGGACCACAUUGAGGGGUUCAGUUCAUCACAGGAGUCACACUUGAAAAGUUUACAGUGCGCUUAUACAUGGGAGAAGAGAUGCAAUCAGAUAUAUCAAUUCCUAAUUUUUUUUUCUUCUUUGUCUUCAUACACAAGCACAAUCCAAGCCAUCUCCUGCCAGUACUGGAAAUAAUUGCCUUUUAUUCUUGUUUUUUUUUUUUAAAUCAACUGUGCCACAAAACUCAGAAGUGUCGUGCCACCUUUGUAUGGCACUUUAUGCUACACUGAAAUUAAAGAGCAAGUUCAGCCUUAGUUCAAACUUAACCAGUGUGAUUGGUGGGAGUUUGUGGUUUAUUACAUGCAUAUACUAGGUGUAUUUCACAUGUACACCUAAAAAAAACAAAAAAAACAACAACAAAAAAAAAAUUCCCUUAAUAUCAAUAAAGAUAUCUCUUGUAGCAUAGUUUUUGUUUGUAAGUCUGUAAAUUCGGAUGAGUUUAUGUUAAAAAGGAUGUAGGCCAAGGCAGUGUGAUAAAUUCUCUCCUCCACCAAGGAUUUUAAGCUCUGACUGCACUGCUUAAAUCAACUGUAGCCUCUUCUGUCCCAUAUCAGCACUCACAAUCCAACACGUGGUCAGUUGGCAUUUUUUCCAAGGUAUUAAAAACACAUUAUUUUCACAGGUUAAGAUCUGCCUGAUAUUCUUGUACUAUGCAAUAGCUGUUUUCUUUUCAUAGUAUGUGGUCACUGGUUACUAGUUCUUUUUUUUUUUUUUUUUAAAUAAAAUCUUUUCAUUUCUUUGUGCUUGUACCUCAAAAAGAGUUCAUGACGAGUCAGCCAGCCCAACUGGCAGCUCCAAGAAGCUGCAGAGAGAUUUAGCAUCAAUAUCCACAAAGUCAAACCCUAACACACCGACAGACAGACACGGGUAAUUUUUUUUUUUGUUGCUUCCUUUUUUAAGAGAUAAUUUAGGCUUUGAAAGCUGAUCUAACAGCUGUUAAGAAUCCCAAAUGCUGGUUAUGAUUGCUGAUGAACUUCUGUGAAGGUGUGCAUGCUCCAAAACUGAACAUCUUGCAAAGUGAAAUACAGCUUAAAUAGGGGGAAGAACGUCAUCAGUAGCCAUGCAGAUAAGUUACUGGCUCAUUUGCCGCCAUCCCAGUACAAUGGAGAUGAGUGGGAUUCUGCUUUUAGUUACGCCAUGAUGGAUGGCAGUGCGGCUCCAUCAGUGGUGGGGUUUUCAGUCAGUAAUUCAAAAAAUGAUUGAGUGGGACACCAUGAAAUUUACAUAACCAUUCCGUACGCACUCAUGGUCCUCACAGUUUUUAUUUUAUCAGUGAAGUGUUUCAGCAUCACCUGGAUUGGCACAAGACUUUACAGAGCAGCUGGUAGUCAUUUCUUUUUUUUUUUUUUUUUUAAAGCUCAAACACUAUUGCAUAGACUGUCACUAAAUUUGGCACAGGUGUUUAUGGUCCGCUCUGCUCCCCUGUAUUUUCUUUGUUUCACCAUCUGGUCUAAAUUUAUCUCCUACUUUGCACUCGGUGUUUUAACACGAACACUUAUCACAAACACGCUGACAAGGUGAGCGUGGUGGGCACACUCGUUAAACCUGAGCAUGUUAGAAUGUGGACUAAAGCUUGCCACACUGGUAUUGACAAUAUCAAACAAAUAUUGUAAUAAUACACAAUUGUAUUGUAAAUAAAUGCAAACUAAAACUACACCUUUGCUCAGUUACGGUUGCAGGUUCUUUCUGCUUCCCUACACUCGUAUUUUGAGUCUUUGCCAAAAUAAUAAAUGAAUGACAGCAUUAUCUUGUUUUUCCUUUUUUUUUUUUUUAAAUAGUUGUAAAUUCUUUCUGAAAGGUUAAUCGUUUAUUGUUACAGCCUUGCCACCUGUUAGCAUGACUAUAGACUUGUUUUGGUGCCGUGAGCUUCAUUAAUAAAAUUCACUAAUUCACUUGCGUUGCAUUGAGGGGCCGCAGGGAUAUGGACAAAUCUCUUAAAACCUCUCAAAGAAACCAAAGCUAUCUGAUGUGGUUAGGAACGCGUUUCCGACCCUGGAUAUAGCAACCUGUUUUAAAAAGUCUCCGGUAGCCUCUGUUGUCACUCGGCACGUUGCUUCAAUACUGUAGUGUCUUUGCUUUAUGAACACCAAGUCACUCAUCACUCCCAGUGUCGCUCUAUGGUUGUUCUGUACCGUGGGCAGGGGGCUGUGACACAGCUCCUAGUCCAGGUACUGAUGUAAAUGGUGUAUGCUAUGUAUGUUGUAAAUGUACAUAUGAUGACAACUCCAUGCACUGUCACACAAACAUGAGCUUUGUAUGUAAUGAUGUUGAUGCAUUGACUGUUUUAAGUGUACAUGUCAGAUAAAAGGAACAUAUUACAUGUAAAUAUUGAUAAAGGCAAAGGGAUUGAGG